CGGCCACUCACACUCCGGUGAGUCGGUGACAGUAGCGAAACCUCUCUCCCGAGCCCUCGCCUCCAUGUCCGAGGAUUCUCCUCUGUGCGUCAUAGUACGAGAAAAUAUCUGCAAAAUUCCCUAAAAUUCCCAUUUUUUUUUCUCACUCUGAUCUGUGUUUCGAUGAGUAAAGGUUCGUUUAGAAUUAUGGAAAACAAGCAAAUCUAACCGUUAACUUAGGGAGAUAAAUGCGAUGGAUGUGGUCACCUUUGGCGUCAUAGUGGCCAUCAUCCUCCUCUUCUUCGUCCUCGUCUUCUGCAUCACCAUCGAGGGCUAUUGCCGCCGUUCCUAACCCUAAUCUGGACCUUCCUCCUCUCCUCCUCCUCCUUUGAUGCCUCCCUCCUCUUCUCGGCGCUUGCGCCUGCUCUUCGGCCUCCUCUCCCUCAUCGUCCUCGCCGCCGCCAGCGUCGGCCACUCCUCCUCCUGCCCGUUCUCCCCUGCCGUCGAUCUCGAUGAUCACCACCACCAUGACCAUGACCAUGACCACGACCAUCAUUGCGGCCAUCAUCACCACCACGACCACCAUGGCGAGAUUCGGGGAUCGAAGCUUCCCGAGGAGCUGGCUGAGGAGGAGGAUCUGAUGAUGCUGGACGGAUUGGAUCACCACCACCAUCACGAACACCAUCAUCACCAUUUUCAUGGCGAUCAACACAAUGAGCUGUCUCCAGCAGGUGUUUGGGUGCGUGCGAUGGGGUGCUCGCUGCUGGUGAGCAUGGCGUCACUGAUCUGCCUCAUUAUUUUGCCUGUGAUCUUCCUGCAGGGAAAGCCGUCCAAGGCCGUUGUGGAUUCUCUAGCUGUUUUUGGGGCUGGGGCAAUGCUAGGGGAUGCUUUUCUUCAUCAGUUACCCCAUGCAUUUGGUGGGAAGCACUCACAUGUGCACGAGCAUCAUGAUCACCAUCAAGAGCAUGGACAUUCUCAUUCACAUAGUUUGGAAGAUCUUUCUGUUGGAUUGUCUGUUUUAAUUGGCAUUGUCCUCUUUUUUUUGGUUGAGAAGGUUGUGAGAUAUGUUGAAGAUAAUUCUAGAAAAGGAGAUUAUGAUGUAGUACAUGGGCACCAUCAUCACCAUAAACAUCAUCACAAGUCAAAGGAUGAAAAUGAAAAUCAUGAAGAGUCAAAUCCAAAGGGUAACAGUCAAAAGGAAAGAAAGCUAGACAAAGAACCAUCAGAUGAUGAUUCCAAUGGCACAGAGACGAACAAAAACCACACGAAACAUGAAAGUCUUCUCCGGAAGCGUGCCAAUACCGGUGGUGCCUCCAUAGCUAGUGUGAAAGAUUCAAAUGCUAGCAAUGAUUCUGCAAGCCAGCAAUCAUCCGAUGGUGAAACAGCUCCUCAAUCGAACUUGGUGUUUGGAUACCUGAAUCUUUUCUCUGAUGGUGUUCACAACUUUACUGAUGGUAUGGCCUUGGGAAGUGCAUUCUUAUUGCAUGGUUCAGUUGGAGGGUGGUCUCGAACACUAUUCUUGCUUGCACAUGAGCUUCCUCAAGAGGUGGGUGAUUUUGGAAUUUUGGUGCGAUCAGGAUUUUCUGCUCCCAAAGCCCUAUUCUUCAACUUUCUGUCAGCGUUGGCUGCAUUAGCUGGAACCGCAUUGGCCUUGUUUCUGGGUAAGGAUCCAGGACAGACAUCGUUUAUUGAGGGUUUUACUGCUGGUGGUUUCAUUUACAUAGCGGUAGCAGGAGUCCUCCCUGAGAUGCAUGAUGGAAAGACAACAUUCGGAGGCACAAUAGUUCAGUUGACUUCUCUGAUACUAGGAGUGGCUGUUGCGCUUUGCAUUUCUCUUGUUGAGUAAAAUGCUUGAUAUUAAACGACAACACCUGUUUGUAUAGCUGUCGUUCUCCUCCAAGAGAGGCAAAUGCUGCAAGUAUCCUGGGCUGAAAUGAACCCUACAGGUGCCGAUUUCUCUAUUCUGGAAAACUGUCACCGGAGGAGAAUGUUCACCACUGUUGAUGCUGAAGUUUUGAUUGUGCCAGUAAAUUGUGUGCCGUAAGAAAGGUGUACAUUGACAUUUUAGCGACACAAACUUUAUGAUGAUCACUUUGAGAAUCAUGGACUGAUGCAUGUCUUGAUUCCAUGGUGCUGCUAUCUUGUUUUAUGUCUAAUUUCUUUAUUAGCACCACUGAUUUUUACA